AUGGCGAACGUUCACACCCUCACAGGUCCCGAGGUCGCUGAGCACGCAAGCCGUGAUAGCUGCUGGAUCAUCGUUCACGGCAAAGUUUACGACGUGACUGACUUCUUGGACGAGCACCCGGGCGGGUCCAAGAUCAUUCUCAAGUACGCCGGAAAGGACGCAACCGAGGCAUAUGAUCCCAUUCACCCUCCGGACGCUAUCACCACCAACCUUCCCGUCGAGAAACACCUCGGCGCCAUUGAUGCCAGCACCGUUGCGAAGGUUGUAAAGGAGGUGACCGAGGAAGAGAAGAUGAGGCUCGCGCUCAUGGACGCGCGGCCGCCUCUCGAAAACAUUAUCAACAUGCAUGAUUUCGAAAACGUUGCCAGGACGGUGCUCCCUGCGAAGUCCUGGGCAUACUACUCUUCUGCAUCCGACGAUGAAAUCACUCUUCGUGAGAACCGCAUGGCCUACCAGAGGGUUUGGUUCCGUCCACGGAUCUUGCGAGAUGUCUCCUCAGUUGACUGGUCACACACCAUCCUCGGUCAGAAGUCGACGCUUCCCUUGUACAUCUCUGCCACUGCCCUCGGCAAACUUGGCCACCCCGAUGGUGAGCUUUGCCUGACCCGCGCCGCUGCCAACUACGGCGUCAUUCAGAUGAUCGCGACGCUCGCCUCCGUCUCAUUCGAUGACAUCAUGGACGCCGCGGCCCCCGGCCAGAUCUUCUUCCUCCAGCUCUACGUCAACCGCGACCGCGAGAUCACGCGCAAGUACGUGCAGCACGCCGAGAAGCGGGGCAUCAAGGGCCUCUUCAUCACUGUCGACGCGCCCCAGCUUGGUCGGCGUGAGAAGGACAUGCGCAUGAAGGCCGUCGACGACGAUGCCGGUGCCAAGGUCCAGGAGGGGCAGUCCGAUGUCAAGAAGGACCAGGGCGUUGCGCGCGCGAUCUCGUCGUUCAUCGAUCCUAGCCUGUCGUGGAAGGACAUCCCGUGGUUCCAGAGCAUCACCAAGAUGCCCAUCAUCCUCAAAGGUAUCGGCUGCGCGGAGGACGCGGUCCUCGCAUACGAGGCCGGUGUCCAGGGCAUCGUUCUCUCCAACCACGGCGGUCGGCAACUCGACACCGCGCGCUCCGGCAUCGAAGUCCUCGUCGAGGUCGUCACCGCCCUCCGCCUCCGCGGCUACUUCCCGGACCCCAAGUUCGAGAUCUACGUCGACGGCGGUGUGCGCCGCGCGUCCGACGUCCUCAAGGCGAUCGCGCUGGGCGCGUCCGCCGUCGGCGUCGGCCGGCCGUUCCUCUACGCGUUCUGCGCGUACGGACAGGAGGGCGUGGAGAAGGCGAUCCAGAUCUUCCGGGACGAGUUCGAGAUGAACAUGCGCCUGCUCGGCGCGAAGGCGAUCAAGGACGUCGUGCCCGAGAUGGUCGACGCGAGCUCGCUGAAGAGCCACUUCGUGAUGACCCCCGAGGACAACCUCUUCAACAACACUUACCAGCCGCUCGGGCUCGCGAAGUUCAAGGACGUCAAGGCCCGGAUGUAG